CUUGCCACCACACUCUCAAUCUCACGACUCACGACUCGACACACGAAACGACACGCCCUAUUGUACUCAUCUACAGAGUGCCUCUAACUCACCUAAUAGCACGCACAGCACAGCUCGUCGUGACCCGCGGCCCCGUGCGAGUACGGCCUGAGUGAGCUCGUCGGCUGGCUCGGGAAGACUCGAUCCACCUUCCUCAUCGCGACACCCUCCUUUAUCUUCCUCGCCCCGUGAGCAAGCCAUAGGCCCCCGCGCAGACCAUCUCGGUCAUCCGAUUUACUCCGCCACCCCAUCCUCGUGGUCUCGUCGUGUCGUGCGUCGUGCGUAGCGCAGCGCCCACGCCCGCCUGCCGCAUGUCCGCACACGCCACCACCACAGCGAUGGAAGGCGUCGACAACCCCGCGGCCCGUGCGCCGCUUCCAGGCGCUUCCAACCCCGCGCCCGCGCCUCAAGAUCUCGACGACGUGCCAAGAGCCGCCGCCGCGCACACCGCACCCACUUGGGCAACGUCGACGCCUGCGCCAGACGCAGCCCACUCGACCGCCCCUGCUCCGCUUGUAACCUCGCCCAUACCACAACAAGGCACUACGGCGGUUGUACCGCCCACCACGACUUCACCACCACCCACUACCAUUGCUUCACCAACAACGGUGCAGAGCUCGGCUGUCCCACGCCCCUCGUCCCCCCUCGCUGGCGACCCAGUGACGAGCCAGAGCGACCCAACACCAGACGCAAGCACGGCCCCUCCACCGGCGAGCGAGCCAGCUGCAGAAGCCUCGGCGAACGUACCCACCCCCAAAGGACCGACACCAGGCGCACCCGCGACUGCAGAGCCAGCACCAGACCCGCCCACGACUGAAGCGCCCAAGCUCGGGGUUACCUCUCCCAUGCCAGACACGACAACCGCUGCCGCUGCACCUGUGCGCACGUCAACGCCACCUGGUGCAAGCUCCGCGAGGCAGAAAUUCACCCUCGAUCUGUUCAUGCAGAUGGCCAAGAGUGCCGGAUCAAGAACGUCCGACACGUCACCCAACAAACCCGACAGACAAUCGAACGGGGACGAGGGCACCGGUUCCCCACUUGCGCGUGUGGGAAGUCCAUCGAGACCAGCUGGGCCGACGGCCAACCUUGCUGCAACACCUCCUGUAGCCACAGAACCACCGGUGCAGGGUGGUCAGCUACCAAUUCCCUCGACCCAAACACAGGCAGUUGCGCCUCCGUCUAUCCCUACCCCAGCGAAGACGGACUUUAUCGACCUUACAGCCGUUGAGUCGCCCCCAGCCGACACUACAAUGCCGCCACCAGCCCCGUCGUCUGCCCUGCCCGUGCCCCCACAGUCCGCACCCAAUGUAUCGCCGACCGUCGCCACACAGGGGGCGCCAGUCCCCAACCGUCGACUUGUGCCUGCCGUUCCACAGACCGUCGCAAAUACCUCUGGCAUGCCAGCUGCGGCCCAAGGUCAACAGGGCUUCCAGAACUACGCUGCUCAGCAGGUCAGAAUGCCAGUUCCGACACAGGUCCAGGCUGGGUCUGCAUUCCAGUUCGCGGCUCAGGUGCCCACUAGAGUGCAGCCAGCUGCUACGGCCAUUCAGACCCAAGGGAACGCCUUCCAGUUCAACGCUCAGUCAUCCAACCAACAGCCCGUCAGGCCGCAGCUGAAUACUGCCGCAUCUGCCGCUGCACAACCACACAGAGCGAUGCCGUCCCCUACUCUCCGGAGCCCUACCGUCACGGCCCCAUCUGUCCAGCAACCAUUGGAUCCAGCACAUCAACACGCCGUCAUGGUUGGGCAGAAUUUGAAGAAGGGGUUUUUUGCUGUGCUCAGGCCAGCACUGGAGAAGGCAUAUCUAGUCAGUGUCAAGGAGAUUGAGCAGUCCAUCGACAACAUGACUGUCCAACUUGCCACCGCCAACACAUCCUCGCAAGAGGACCAACAGCAUCGAAUGGCAGAGUCCGACAAGUCCAACCGCGAAAUCGUGCGCCUGAACAAGGCUAUCGAGGCAAGCGCGAGUGACUACAAGGGGGUCAAAAUCUCGCUCGACCUGAGGACGCAAGAGCUUGCCGACGUUCGUGCACAAGGCAAGCAAGUCUUCGAAGCGGCCCGACUCGACGCCGAGAAGGUUGUCGAAGCUGAGCACAACAAGCUCAAGGAACAGUUACGCAAGAACACGUUGAAGAUGACCGAGUUAGACAACGAGAAACAAGAGGCGAUCGCCAACAUUCAGGCAGAUAUGUCUGAGGCGAAAAAGCGAGAAACGCAAGCCAAGGCUGAGGCCUCGUACCACCGAACCGAAUCCACCAAACUCAAGGCGGAGAAACAAAGACUCAACGCUACCACGACAGAGCAGGCUGAGCGCAUCAAGGUGCUGGAAGCCGAGCUGUUGGCAAAGGCCACUGCACCGCCGCCCUCGACGCCGAGCAAGAGCAGCGGGGAGUCGUCUGCAGAGACGCCUUCAUCAAGCAAGGCCCACCUGAAGCGCGAGCUGGAGAGCGAGAAGAUGAAGAAUGUCCAUGCCAGGCAAGCCCUGAGCACCAUGGACACAUUUAUUCGCGCUCUCGGUGAAGAGCUGGGCCUCGAGCUGGGCGCCGAAAACCCCGAUGACACGUUCGACCAGCGCGGUGAAGAGCAGCGCAAGUCUGUUCGUGCAAUCGUCAAGCACCUCAAGGACAAUACCGCGACCGCAGCUGUGGAACGCGCGUUGGCAGACCAGGCAAUCAAGCACAGACAAGAGUUGGCGGAGCUCAAGACGGCGCACGGCAAGGCAUUGGCGGAUGUAGAGGAGGAAGCUUCGCGAGCGCAGGCCGCCGCUGCUGCUGCUGCUGCUGCUGCGAGACCCCGAACGUCUACGCCACUUGGCGGUACGCGCGUUGCGGUGCUGUCUGGCGGCCAGAGCUCUUCGACUGCCGAGCAAGAACCGCGCGGAUCGAAGCGCCCUGCUUCCCCCACGGAAACCGCUAGCGGUAGCAGACAGCGUCCGCGGCUGCAGUCCGUCGCGAGCAACACGCCCACUCCGUCGAGAGCGAGGCCUUUACUCGAGGACCAGCGCCAGUGGAUCAGGAGCCACCUUCACCACUUUAUCAAGCGUGGCACGGACGACGCGUUCCUUUGCAAGGCCUGCAAGCUGGAUGACCGGAGAGCGAACCGCGACGCGCCGUUAGAAGACUACUUGAUCGGCUACAACCUGUUGAGCCCUCAGGCUGUUGAGCAUGUUGUGGACAGUCACCUCGAGACGUCGCACAAGCUGCGCGAGAAGCGCAUCCGAGAGGGCAAAGAGUGAGAUGAUUAGAGUGUAGUGUCAUGUAGUCAUUGUAGUAUAUUGUUUGGGCAGCAGCAUGGUGCUUGCCUAGUGUGUAUGUCUACGUAUGUUUAUGCGG